AUCAGAUUCUUCCUCCGCUUCAAUAAGGAUAAUAAGGAUAAUUAUACCCUUGCACAAACGAAAGGGAGAAAUUCCCUUAGUCGAAAAAAAAUGUAUCAUGGAUCCAGAAGACGUAGGUUCGGCGAGGGCUCACCGAGAGGGCCAACACAGGCGGCCCAUUGGAGAAUAAUGGCGAUGGCAACCCUCCCUCCCAUUUAUGAUAUCCCGACGAUAGAACCUCCACCUCCAUACCAACAAUUUGAAAGGAUACCGGAGGCAGCCCCUGGCACUCACGAAGCAAGCUCCUCGAGAAGACGAGGAAUGUGUGGCACGGGUCUAGAUAGUUCGCAGCGAACGACGGUAGAUGAUUAUGAUGAUGAGGAUUAUUCUGUGACCGUGUCCCGGAUGGGUGAAUCCCCAGUGGGCGGACGAGCGCGUAGGACGGCAGGCGAUCAUCACCCAGAAGGAAACGAAAUAUUAAUUAUCCCGCUACAAGAUCAAUCUUCUAGUUCUUUUUCCGGUCAUCAUCGCCGUGCACCUCGUUAAGAAAGGGAAGAGAUAUUAUUAACUUUCCCACGGCAAAAGGGUUCCUAUAGUCAGGAUAGAGAUGAGAUAUUAAUCUAUCCGGGCAAAAAGACUCUAGGUGCUAGGCAUCCCAGCCUUACUCCCCGCCUCCCGCAGGAUAGGGACGAGAUAUUAUUGAUUUACCCGGGAAAAAACAAAUUUUCUGGUGCUCACUAAGGUCGUUGCAGAGGCAUGAUACCAGCUCCUUCGCUGCUAGUAUGAUCGGUAAUAAACCAAUACCAGUGUGGCAUUUAUGGACGUGUGAUUUUCUUUCCAACGCAGCCGCGUUCUAUGAUAGGAAACAUCUGCAGGGUAUCGGAGGGAAUGUGAAGGAAUUCACCCGCUUCAGGCGCCUGGUUUUCACAAGGUAUAGGGCCGACAGGCGCGCAACAUUAACGUUUCUUUUCUUCUUUUGCUUUUCCGUUUCUCCCCUAUUGCGCGUGACUGGAGUGUACUGUGUUUCGAGCGCAACCAAUGUUAAGUAUUUCCUUUAUGUCUUUAUAUCGGCCCUCUAACUUGUGCUAGGGUUUUCCUUUUUCGCAAACUGAGACGCCUGCUCUCCAGUUUGUCAACUGUUUCUUUUUUUUCCUUUCUUUUCUUUCUGUCUGUCCUUCCCUCCCGGCCCACCUCUCUAUUUGAGUUGUCUGCGACAGAAUUGACGUUGAGACCUGCCUGGGAAGUCAUCAUUCUUCAAAGGAAAACUUUCGGUUCUUUGGUUGUUAAGAUAAUAUGGCGAGUUAAGUUAGCAGAUUUAGGAAUGAAUCCGGAAAUUGACGUGGAUUUGCAAGGAGUUGUAAAUAUAUGGGGGGAACAAGGUCAUUUGACAAUCACAGAAUAAGUUUGUUUUGAAAAAAAGGCUACAUAUUGACACACUGUGCUUUUCCAUGAACAGGUGUAAUACGGGGUGAUAUCUUAGAUAUCUAUGAAGUUCAAUAUUUAUGUACAGUACAAUCUUGUAUGAUCUUUCCCUUGUAGGGUAUGAAGCAAAG